AUGGAAACUGCAAUGUCUCUCUACGAGGAAGCCCAUGCCAACCCCGCCGGACCCGGUGAUUCUCGCCCAACCGCACUGCAAAUUGUCAAAGACCAAGAGCUGGAAGGCAAACUGAAAGGGAAAGUUUUCGUUAUCACAGGUACUUCAUCGGGCAUCGGAAUAGAGACGGCGCGGGCCCUCUCAGUCACGGGAGCUACUCUCUAUCUGACGGCGAGAAACGUUUCCAAAGCCAGGUCAAACCUCGUCGACGUCCUCAAUACGAAUCGAGUAGAGAUUGUUGAGAUGAACCAAGAGUCUCUUCAGUCUGUUCGGGACGCUGCGAAGGAAAUUCUAGCAAAGACUGAUCGAGUCAAUGUACUCAUCAACAACGCCGGGAUUAUGGGUAUUCAGACACGUCAGCUUACUCAGGAUGGGAACGAGAUGCACUUUGGAGUAAACCAUCUGUCGCACUUCUUGCUUUUUCAACUGUUGAAGCCAGCUCUCCUGGCUGCUGCUACCCCGGAGUUCCCGUCUCGCGUCGUCAAUGUUUCCUCUUCAGUACACAGAAUACGGGGACUCAAUGGGAGUGGCAACUACAACUUUUCGGUAGAGAAUUACGACCCCACGGCUGCAUACGCGCAGUCCAAGACAGCGAACAUCUACAUGACGAACGAGAUUGAGCGCCGCUAUGGACCCAGCGGAAUCCACGCGACGAGUUUGCAUCCUGGGGUCGUUGACACGUCCAUAUCGAAAAAUUUACCAAAGGCUCAGGUGGACGCUAUACUAGGCAUGGAGAAAAUCCAGAAAAUGUUGAAAAGCCCGGAACAGGGGGCCGCGACAACGGUUUGGGCUGCUGUUGGCAAAGAGUGGGCUACUCGUGGAGGAAUCUACCUUUCCGAUUGCGCCGAAACGAGCCCUGAGAUGGAGGGAAGCGAUUUAAACGAUACGAGAUAUCAUGCUCGCCAUGUGUUUAAUCCCGAGAGCGAGGGAAAGCUUUGGAAGGACUCACUGAAGCUUGUAGGUUUUGAAGAGGACCCGUAG